AUGAAUUUUAUCUUGGAGCAGCUCCUGCUUUUCAUUUCCACUGUCCUCAAUUACCUUGCUACCCUUAUCUCCCCUCGUCAUGAUCUUCAUGAUCGUCAUGAGGACCUUACUUUCAUCAUCCGCCAGGACUACAGGCCACCCAACCAAGUCUACGAUGCCGCCGAGCGGUACCUCCCAACCAUUGACUUGAUCAAUCCCUCCACCCGAACCAUCCAAGUGAGCAAAACGCCGCGGCAAGAGACAGUCAAGCUUGCCAUAGAAAGCGGUGAGCAAGUCCCCGACACCUUUGAGGACAUUAACCUCAACUGGCGUUACGUGGUCGAAACAUUCCGUGACGGCAGCGUAGAAUAUCGCUUUGAGCUAACGUUCCAAAAGAAACACAAAGAAAAAGUCAUGAGUUCCUACUUACCCUAUGUGGUUGAUCGGGCCGAAGCCAUUAAAAAAGAGGAAAAGAUUCUCAAACUUUCUAACCUUACCAACUCAUCAGUGGAUUUGGAGCACCCAGCUACGUUCGAGACGAUCGCCAUGGAGCCCGACCUGAAGAGAAAGAUUAUGAAGGACUUGGACAGGUUUGUGGCCAGGAGGGAGUUUUAUAAGAAGGUGGGCAAGGCUUGGAAAAGAGGCUACUUGUUGUAUGGCCCUCCUGGUACUGGAAAAUCCAGCCUGAUUGCGGCCAUGGCUAAUCAUCUCAAGUUUGAUGUGUUUGAUUUGGAGCUUGCUAGUAUUCGCAGCGACUCUCAUUUGAAGAGUGUGGUUCUGUCCACUACAAAUCGUUCCAUUUUGGUGAUUGAGGAUAUUGAUUUCACCGUCCAUAAUAAGGAUAACCGGUUCACACUCUCAGGCCUACUAAACUUCAUGGAUGGUCUUUGGUCAAGUUGUGGUGAUGAGAGAGUUAUUGUGUUCACAACAAACCACAAGGAUCGUCUCGAUCCUGUAUUGCUGCGUCCUGGUAGAAUGGACGUCCACAUUCACAUGUCUUAUUGCACACCGAGUGCGUUUAGCAUUUUGGCCUCCAACUACCUUGGAAUUCAAGACUUCGACAGCCAUCGGCUUAAGGGAGAAAUCGUAGGGUUGCUAGAGAGCACAAAGGUCACCCCUGCUGACAUUUGUGAAGAUUUCUUGAGGCAAAAUGACGAUGAUGUUGAUGGUGAUGAUGAUGAUGUUGAUGUUGAUGCUGCUCUUGAAAGAGUUGUCAAGUUCCUCAAACUUAGGAAGCUUGAAGGGGCUAAUAAUGUUGAUGAGACAGAAACUCGAGAAGAAGAAAAAGCAGGAAAUGGAUCUGAAAGUGAAUGA